CUCAUCGGACACGGAGUGAACAUGGUGCAGAUAUGCGUUGUUUUGGAGUCUCCUGCACCUUCUGCAGAAGUCAUGUGAUUAAAGGCUUUGUCAUAAACCAUCCACGGGUGCUGCGCUGCUCUUUUUCUCCAGGAACAGGGCGCAGCGCGUACCCACUGCGGACUUUAGCCCUCGGACUCUCACUGGUAAAGUCGAGCCAACACGGCGUUGGAGCAGCGCGACCAUGUUUUCACCAAAGUCGCCUAAAAACCCGUCCAAGUGUGUCUCCAAGUCGGCGCGCGGCACACAGGAGCAGAUCCGCAUGGUCGAGUGCGGCUGUGAGCCGGACUGCCCCUGCAGCGCCCACUCGGCCGGCAGCAGGGGACACUGCGCGCCCGAGUUCAAGGAGAAUGGCCUCGACAUGGAGAAACAAGGCCUCGACAACUUGGCCUACGAGUACGGGAGUCAGACGGAGCUCUGCCCUCCGCCCAAAACGGCCUCCGGAGCCACUUUUAAACUCCUGGGACUGACCCCCGAGCACCAGGCCCAGGCCAUCGAGAGCAGAAUCUGCAGCCUGGGGGGCGUUCUUGCCGCCAGCGUGUCUUUACCCAACUGCUCGGCCAAAGUGGACUACGACACCUCGGUCAUCACGACCAGAGAGAUCGUCCUGGAGCUCCAGAGGUCGGGGUUCAGCGUGGAGUCGGCGGCACGGAUCGGGGUGGACGGGAUGCACUGCCAGUCCUGUGUGCAGUCCAUUGAGGGGCAGAUUGGGCUUCUUCCCGGGGUGUCGCACAUUCAGGUGUCCCUUCAGGACGCUGCGGCGCUUAUCGUGUACCAACCUCUACUCGUGAGCCAGCAGGAGCUGAGAGACGGCAUCGAGGAUAUGGGUUUUGGUGCCCGGUUAUGGGCCGAUGAGUCGUCUGGGUGGGACGCGUUGAACGCCACUGUCACCGUGUGGAUUGUUGGGAUGACUUGCAACUCUUGCGUGCAGUCCAUAGAAGGGAGGAUCUCUCAGAUGACGGGUGUGCAGUCCAUCGCGGUGUCACUUAGGGAGAGAAAGGGAACGGUGACCUUUAACCCCAGUCUGACGGCGCCGCAGCAGCUCAGGGCGGCGAUCGAAGACAUGGGCUUCGACGCGUCGCUUGAAGAACCUGCAAAGAUCAGCCAGCCUUGUGAAACAUCGGGGCCCGUUAGCUCGAUGCCAUCCGCCCUCUCUGACUCGCAACCGGCCAAUCGGACGGCGGUCAGCAACGGCAGCGGAUCGCAGGCGGCCUCCGGGAGCCGGGUUAAAGCUCAGAAAUGCUUCAUCCGUGUGACGGGGAUGACCUGCGCCUCCUGCGUGGCCAACAUCGAGAGGAACCUGCUCAAACACGGAGGAAUCGUUGCGGUGUUGGUGUCACUCAUGGCCGGAAAGGCGGAGGUGAAGUACGAUCCAGGAGUCCUGGACUCCGCGGCUGUGACUCAGCUCAUAGAGGACUUGGGCUUCGGAGCCACGCUGAUGGAGGACAAUGCAGUCUCACACGGGAAGCUGGACCUCACUAUCACAGGCAUGACGUGUGCGUCGUGUGUGCACAGCAUCGAGUCCAAGCUCACCGCCACCAAAGGGAUCCUCGGGGCCGCCGUCGCUCUGGCAACCAACAAAGCCCAGAUCCAGUUUGACCCGGAGGUGCUGGGAGGUCGAGAUAUCGUCAAGAUCAUUCAGAGUCUCGGGUUCGAGGCCAGUCUGCUGAAGGCAAGCUUCAAAAACAACCUUGAUCACACCGAAGAAAUCCGACAGUGGAAGAACUCCUUCCUGCUAUGCCUCGUUUUCGGCGUGCCCGUGAUGGGCCUCAUGAUCUACAUGAUGGUGAUGGAGAGUCAGCACCAGGAGCACGGAGGCUCAAUGCCCGAGGAGCAGAACCUGCUGCCCGGCCUCUCCCUCCUCAACCUGGCCUUCUUCCUGCUCUGUACACCUGUGCAGAUCUUCGGAGGCCGAUACUUCUAUAUCCAGGCGUACCGCUCGCUGAAACACCGCACGGCCAACAUGGACGUGCUCAUCGUGUUGGCCACCUCCAUUGCCUACAUCUACUCCUGCGUGGUCCUCGUCGUCGCCAUGGCCGAGCGAGCCAGCCAGAGCCCCGUCACCUUCUUCGACACUCCGCCCAUGCUGUUUGUGUUCAUCGCGCUGGGUCGCUGGCUGGAGCACGUCGCAAAAAGUAAAACCUCAGAAGCGUUGGCCAAAUUAAUGUCCCUUCAAGCCACUGAUGCCACUGUGGUCACUUUGGGACUGGACAACUCCAUCCUCAGUGAGGAGCAGGUGGUGGUGGAGCUGGUCCAGCGGGGCGACGUCGUAAAAGUUGCUCCGGGAGGAAAGUUCCCCGUCGACGGGCGAGUGAUGGAGGGAAGCUCCAUGGCGGAUGAGUCCUUGAUCACAGGGGAGCCGAUGCCCGUUAGUAAGAAGGUGGGCAGCUUGGUGAUUGCCGGCUCCAUCAACGCUCACGGGGCUCUCCUGGUGGAGGCAACGCACGUUGGCGCCGACACAACUCUGUCUCAAAUCGUCAAACUGGUGGAAGACGCCCAAACCUCGAAGGCGCCCAUCCAGCAGUUUGCAGACAGGCUCAGCGGCUACUUCGUGCCCUUCAUUGUCGUCAUCUCUCUGCUGACGCUCGGCGCCUGGCUGGCAAUCGGGUUUGUCGACUUUGACAUUGUGAGAAACAACUUCCCGGGUUACAACCAGAACAUCUCCAAGGCGGAAGUCAUCGUCCGCUUCGCCUUCCAGGCCUCCAUCACCGUUCUGUCCAUCGCCUGCCCCUGCUCUCUGGGGCUGGCGACCCCGACAGCCGUCAUGGUGGGCACAGGGGUCGGAGCUCAGAACGGGAUCCUCAUUAAAGGAGGCGGGCCGCUGGAGAUGGCCCACAAGAUCAACGUGGUGAUGUUUGACAAAACCGGGACGAUUACAAUCGGCGUUCCCCGGGUGACUCGUGUGCUGGUGUUGUGGGAAAUGGCCCGCAUGCCCCUGAGGAGGAUCCUGGCGGUGGUGGGCACAGCGGAGGCCAGCAGCGAGCACCCACUGGGCAUGGCGGUCGCCAAGCACUGCAAAGAGGAGCUGGCCACCGACUUGCUGGGCUACUGUCAGGACUUCCAGGCCGUGCCCGGCUGUGGGAUCAGCUGCCGGGUUUCCAGUGUGGAACAUCUGCUGCAGCAGCCGAUGGAGGAGCGCUUCCUGCUGCCGGGAGCCACCACUGACGAAAGCAGCCUGCUGUCUGCUGCCGAGACCAAGCCUGCAGGUGAGCCUCUGACCUUCUCCGUCCUCAUUGGGAACAGAGAGUGGAUGAGGAGGAACGGCCACCACAUCGGAGCAGACGUUGACGCCGCCAUGUCCAGCCACGAGACCAAAGGACAGACCGCCAUCCUGGUCGCCAUAGAUGGUGUGCUGUGUGCCAUGUUAGCCAUCGCAGACACGGUGAAGGCGGAGUCGGCGUUGGCGGUGCACACACUCAACAGCAUGGGCAUCGAGGUGGUGAUGAUAACGGGAGAUAACAGGCGCACUGCGAAAGCCAUCGCUGCACAGGUGGGGAUCAGGAAGGUGUACGCGGAGGUGCUGCCGUCACAUAAGGUGGCGAAGGUGCAGGAGCUGCAGGACCAAGGCCGGCGGGUGGCCAUGGUGGGGGACGGCGUCAACGACUCACCCGCUCUCGCCCUGGCCGACGUCGGCAUCGCCAUCGGCACCGGCACCGAUGUGGCCAUCGAGGCGGCCGACAUCGUCCUCAUUCGAAACAACCUGCUGGACGUGGUGGCCAGCGUUGAGCUGUCCAAGAAGACGGUGCGGAGGAUAAGGACCAACUUUGUCUUCGCCUUCAUCUACAACCUGGUGGGAAUACCCAUCGCUGCAGGUGUGUUCAUGCCCAUCGGCCUGGUGCUCCAACCCUGGAUGGGCUCUGCCGCAAUGGCGGCCUCCUCCGUCUCGGUGGUUCUGUCGUCUCUAAUGCUUAAAAUGUACAAGAAGACCUCGGUGGAGGUGUAUGAGGCGCGAGCGCUGGGCCACAUGAGGAGCCUCCGGUCGUCGCAGAUCAGCACGUAUGCGGGUCUGGAGGGCCAACGCCGCAGCCCCGCUCUCCCCUCGGGGGCCCGGGAGCAGCUGAGCAAAAGCGGCGCCGUCCCACCUGUCCAGGGGCCGCCCGUUAACUCUGUCCAGGAGCGGGACCGCUACUCCCUCCUGGACUACCAGACUGCAGAGGACCUCAAUGUGUUGUAAAGGGAAAAGGGAAGAAGGACUGAGACACAGAUUUUGUAGUAUUUCUAUUAUUUAUGUAAAUAGAGAAGGCUAAUUGUGCACAGAAACUCACCUUUAGCUCAUGAACCCAAAACCACUUUUAUUACCGUUGGCUCUGAGGACUCCGAUCUAUAUGUUUAUUGGAAAAACGUAAAAAAAAUCAAGCUGCUCACACCUAAAGUGACGCUAUUACUGAAGCAUUGUCUGCACUUUUUUUUCUUCUUCUAUUCCCGCCACAUAAAUCAAACUUGCAAUGUGAAAUGGGUUUGCUUGUGUAUACAAAUGCACUUUUACAAGUAAAGCCACGGUGUUCGGAUAAGAGUGUGUUGGUGUGAAAGCCU